CUGAGCUUGAACAACUUUCACUCUUUUCCUUCCUGGCUCAGGAUAACUACAUUCUACUUUAUGAUGACGACAAUAUUUGCAAGAUUCUUUUGUGGAAUAAUUUCCAUCACACUUUUUCUUAUCACGUCUACAACGAUAACAAGCAUUUACGUUAAUUCUUCCUCUCUUCUUUGCUGUUUUCUUCACGGUAAUAAUUUUAUCGGGCUGAGCUUGCUGAUUACCAUUACAAGAAUGUUCAUUAUCGGACAAUUCUUCAAUUACGCGUUUCCCUUGACUCAUGAUUAAUAUAAGAUAGAUAAGGUCUAUGAUAUAAUGAAUUAAAUAAUCAGACUCUUUGUUCUGAAAAAGGACAAAAGAUAAAGGGGAAGAUUUUUUUUUUAAUAGAAUUUUUUUUUAAAAAAAAAAAUAAUAA